UUCUUUUUUUUCCCUUCUCGCCCCUGCGGUCAUUUGCUGCAUCCUCUACCUGUUGUCUGCACCAGCACCGUUCCUUAUCUUCAAUUGGUCAUGACAGCAAAGGUCACUGAAUUACUAUUGUAUCAUGGCUGAUUGUCCAUGAACGUUCGUUAAGCUUGCUACUUCUGACUGCCGACUCCGAUCUAGCAGCCUACUGCGUCAGCAAGACGCAUUACCACCGUGUUCUAACGGAACCCCUCAUCUGCUCUCCCUUAUCACCCAUAACGAUAGACAGAAUGGAGAAACGCAAGAACUGGGGCGAUAUCAAUGUUCACCUGCCCGGACUGACACUUCUUCUACCUGUUAUCUCGGCAUCUAUCAAGCAGCACAUACCCCGUCUGUAUCACUUGACCGACCAGUCGGCGGAAUCAAAUGAUUAUUCUCACGAAUUGAAUACGGAAGUUGUUUCAAAGGAAAUCGAGACCCGGCCACUUUCGUCGUCUUCAUCCGAGUCAGACCUCGAAUCCGUUUUCUCUGACACUCCGCGUCCCACGACUUCGAGUAGUACCUGUACCGGUCAAGAGCCAGACUUGUUUGCUGAGUGCAUGAUGGACAAUAAUGAUGCUUUUAUUUCGGAGGAGAUUGUCGAUAGGGGCAUCGCGCACCCUGCUAAAUCGAAGUACGAGGCGAUCUCGGGGUUACGGUGGAACCGAGUAGUUCCAGCGCUUGGCUUCCUCCAGAAUGCAUGUUACGAAGCCCAACAACCAACCUGUGACGGUCGCCUGGUGCGGUCCAUGUAUAUCAAUGCCCUGGGCUAUCUUCUCGACGCUAUCCCCAAAGACAUUACCUCAGAGGAGUCUGCCAAGAUCAGACUUAACCUUCCCGUCAAGAUCAGAGCGUCCAUGCCGGCUACUGCGGACCUUGCUCCUUGUGCAACAUGUGGAUCAAAUCAACGAACGAACACAAGGCAAAUUCACAGGUCAUAUCUUCAUCGAUUAUUGGCCGCCAGUAUCCUUCAGCUUUUCAUAAUUCUACAUUUCUUAAUGCCCUAUAUCAAAAUCAUGAUCCGAAAGAUAUACCAGUUCGAACGGUCCCACCAUAUUACGGAGAGAACCAUUGCCGCAACCGCCAGUGCUGCAGACAGUUUAACCAAAAACGGAUUGCACCUGGGGUUUGAUAUAUUAAGCAUGCGAGAUGGACAAGCAGGUAUAACGGUGUCGAAUCUGUUGACCUGGUGGGUAGAAGGCAUUGCCGGUGGGAUUUGCGAAGGCGUUGGAGAAGGCAUGACGAUUCUUGGGGUCAUUCGACCGAAUCAGGAAUUGGAACGGACACCGGUCCAGUUGUGAGCGACGACAGACUGAAUCAUUGCUUGAGAAUUAUCAUUGGCAACUCCGAAUUGAUUUACUAAGCAUAGAGCGUGGGUGUGUUGGUUUAUCAUGGCGUAUGGUUAGAAUAAGGGUUUAAUGAAUGAGAUGACUAUUACUGGUAUUCC